CUGAAUUGUUUCCCUAUUGAACAUUUGUAUAAUAAGCAUGGGAUAUUUACAGAUGCCGGACACUUUACUGGAAGAGAUCACCACGGACCUAGAAGACAUUGCAUACUCUCCUGUCAUACCAAAUACACUGGAGGACCAGCCCGUCACAGUGCACCAGCCCGUAGACCAGAAUAUCUCAGGGGACCAGCCCAUCACAGGGGACCAGCCUGUCACAGCAGACCAGCCCGUAGACCACUCCGUCACAGGGGACCAGCCCAUAGACCAAUCAGUCACAGAGGACCAGCCCGUCGCAGGGGACCAGCCAAUAGACCAAUCCGCCACAGCGGACCAGCCCAUAGACCAAUCAGUCACAGAGGACCAGCCCGUCGCAGGGGACCAGCCAAUAGACCAAUCCGCCACAGCGGACCAGCCCAUAGACCAAUCAGUCACAGAGGACCAGCCCGUCGCAGGGGACCAGCCAAUAGACCAAUCUGUCACAGCAGACCAGCCCGUAGACCACUCCGUCACAGGGGACCAGCCCAUAGACCAGUAUAUCAUAGGGGACCAGGCCAUCACAGGGGAACAGCCUGUGACAGCAGACCAGCCAAUAGACCAAUCUGUCACAGCAGAUCAGCCUGUAGACCAAUCCGUCACUGGGGACCAGCCCAUAGACCAGCAUAUCACAGGGGACCAGCCCAUAGACCAAUCUGUCACAGAGGACCAGCCCGUCGCAGGGGACCAGCCAAUAGACCAAUCCGCCACAGCGGACCAGCCCAUAGACCAAUCCAUCACCGGGGACCAGCCUGUAGACCAACCAAUUACAGAUGACCAGUCCAUGAUAGAGGACCAGCCCAUCACAGAGGAUCAGUCUGUUCGCAAAAAAGUUUCACGAGUGGCCAUUUGUACGCUUUUUCUCGCUGGUACAUAG